AUGCCCGAUGCCUUCUUACGAGGCACCGUGUCCAUCGAGGAAAGGGAAUUAGGAAUAGCGGUCAUUGAAAAUUCAACACGACGGACGCGAAAAACACUUGCCGAUGAGCUAUCCAAUUCAGCAAGGACAGGCGACCUGAAGCUAGUGAACAGUCAAAUGUCAACACCGGAUUACGAUGUAGCGGGACUAGCUUUGUCCAGGGUAAGUCUGACAACUGACGAACUAUCAGGUCCAUAA